AUGUCUGCUUCAGAUCCAAAGGUGCAGGAGCUACAGCAGAAAGUGAAUAAACUGACUACAGCCAAUGAAACUCUGAAUAACGAAAAUCUGAAACUUAAAUCUCAAGUCGUUGAAUAUGAAAAAGGAAAUACCCCCAUGGUAGCAGUUAGAAAGGAGUUAGAUGAUUUAAAGAACAAGUAUUCCUUCUUGGAAAACAAAAAUACCAAUCUUUCGAACGAAAGUAAAAUGUUUGCUCGCCAAAAUAAAGCAUUAACAGAUGAGAACAACAUGUUAAAGAAGAAAUUAGGAGAAUUAGAAAAAACUUACGGUAUUUCGGCCUCAAAAUUUGGAGAAUGGAUGAAACAAUUCGAAUCUUUAAAGAAAGAGAACGCUAAUCUAAAGGCAAGAAUCAAGGAACUCGAAGACCAACUUGCAUUGUUAAAUACAGAGCGUGACGGUUAUAAUUCCAUAAUAAAGGACAAAGAUAACCAAUUUAAAGCCUUACAAGCGGAGAGAGAUGAUUUGGCAGCCAAAAUAAAUCAACUUACCCAGAAAUGCCAGCUUAACGAUGCCGAGAAAAACGCAUUACAAGCAAAACUCGAUUCAUCCGAGAAUUCACUCAAUGAAUCACGAAAUCAGUGUAACUUCAUCAAGCAGCAGCUUGAUGAUAAGACUUCUCAAUGCAAUGACCUUGGAACGAAGUUAUCACAGGCUGAUCAGACGAUUGCAGAGAAAAUAGAGGCAAUCAACCAGCUUAAUAACGAGAUUGAUAACAAAUCUAAGAUCAUUAAACAGUACGAAGACGAAUUGGCAAAAUCCAAAGAAGAUUCUGAAGAAUUAAUGAAGAAAUAUCAAGAAGAAACUGAUAAACUUAAGAAAGAUAGCGAAAACUUACAAAAUGAAUUACAAAAUCAGAAAUCUUUGGCAGAAUUAAACGCCAGCGACAAAGGAAACCUCCAGUCUGCAGUAAAACAGCUUCAAGAUGAUAAUUCUAACUUAGAGAAGCAAAUCAAAGUACUUCAAGAUGACAAGUCAAAUCUUGAAAUUCAAAGGGAGAAAUUAGAACAAGAAGUCGAAGAAUUGAAGAAGUCCCAGCAAGAAAAUGACGAGAAAUACCAAAAGGAGAAGGAAGACCUCACACAAACCGUUAAUAAUCAAAAUAACGAAAUUAGCAAUUUGAAGAAGCAAAACGAAGAUCUCAGUAACUCUACAACUAAUGAGAUCAAUAAUCUGAACAAACAGAUCCAAGAUCUUCAAAAUCAAAAGUCAGAUUUGGAGAAACAAAACGCAGAUUAUAACAAUACUGUUAGCAAUAACAACGAUGAGCUUGCUAAUUUGAAGAAACUUAACCAAGAAUUGCAAAAUGAAAAAUCAAAUCUCCAGAAAGAAACAGAAAACCUCUCAAACACUGUUAAUGAUAAGAAUAAUGAGAUCGAAGAACUCAAGAAGCAAAACGAAGAUUUACAAAAUGAAAAACAAAAUCUUCAGAAAGUCAAAGAAGAUCUCACCAAUACAAUCACUACAAAAGAUGAUGAAAUCAAAGAUCUCAAGAAACAAAACGAAGAUUUACAAAACCAAAAUAAUGAUUUGGAGAAACAGAAGGAAGAUCUCAAUAAUACAGUUGCCAACAAGGACAGUGAGCUCAAUAACUUGAAGAAUGAUAACCAGCAACUCCAAGAAGCAAAUAAGAAACAAAAUGACGAUAUUAAUAAUUUGAAGAAGUCGAAUCAAGAUCUUGAAGACAAAGUAACAGAUCUUGAGGGCAAGAUAGAUGAAAUGACCGCUGAAAAUGAAGGUUUGAUGGAGAAUGUGAAGACAAGAGACCUCCAACUUGACAAUUUGCAGGGAGAACAUAGCCAAACCGUCGAUGAAUUGAACCAAAACAAUCUUUCUCUCCAGAUGCAGAUCGAUUCAUUGAAUUCCGAUGUUAAUGAUCUGAAAUCCCAAAAAGAUUCACUUGAAAAGGACAAAUCCGACCUUGAAAAGAAGGUUAAAGAACUAGAAGAAGCACUUGAAGAUGAAAAGAACUCAUCAUUGUUGAAUUCUUCCAACUUUAAUGAAGAAUCUCAGAAAUUGAUGGACAAGAUCAACGAAUUAACGAAACAGAACAGGGAAAAGAAUCAAAACAUCAAGAAAUUGGAGAAUGAGAAGGCAAAUCUCCAACAGAACAACGAUAAUUUGAAUCAAAGAUUAGAUAACGUCAAGAAACAAUAUGAAGACUUGCAAGCAAGCAAAUCUGAGUUGGUUGGAAAGUAUAACGACCUUGUUGAGAAGUUCAACAAAGAGAGACAAACAAAUAAUGAAUUAUCUCAACAGAACCAAGCUCAGAAACAGCAAAUCCAGCAAUUAAUGAAUGACUUAGCUUCAUUACGUGAUGGAAAAUCCGAUAUUGUCCAAAAGUACAAUGAUUUGGUUGCUAAAUUUAAUGAUGAACGCCAAGAAGCAGCCAAAACAAAGAGUGACCUUCAGAAUCAGAUCCAACAGCUUAAAGAUGCCUUAGCCAAGGCAGAAUCCAACCAAAAAGAGACACAAAACAAAUUGGAUAUUUCAAAUUCCGAUUUAGAGAAAGAGAAAGAUAAAUCAAAGUCUCUUGAAGAAGAACUUGCAGCUCUUAAGUCCAAAUUGCAGCAAGUACAAGAAGAAAAGGCUAAUUUAGAAUCAGAUCUUGAAAAUGAGAGACAAAAUAACUCAAGUUCAAAUGCAGAGUUAUCUGAUAAACUCAGUAAGUUACAACAAGAAAACAGAGAUCUUGUUAACCAAAUCAACCAGCUCCAGAACGAUUUGAAACAAAAAGAAAGUGAAAUCCAAAAAGUUUCAAGUGAUUUAGACAAUUUGAACAAUGUCAUUCAAGACUUAGAGAGUCAAAUGAACGACAUGCAAGGAAAGAAUGAUGAAUUGUCCAAGAAAUUAUCAAAUCUCGUUGAUGACAAUGAAAGAAAAGAUAAACUCAUCGAUGAUUUGAAUUCACAACUUUCUAAUUUGAACAAUGAAAAAGAUUCAUUGACAAACAAAUUGUCUGAGACGGAAUCAGAGAAACUCGAUCUUGCAAAUCAGAAUGAGAAAUUGUUAAAGGUUAUUGAAGACUUACAGAGAUCUUUGAGUGAAGAAAAAGAUAAAAAUAACAGUUCUCUUCUUAGUUUGGGAGAUUUCGGAAAAGAAAAUGCUCUUCUUAAAGAGAAAGUUGCAGAUUUAGAAAAACAAGUUUCAAACUUAAAACAAGAGAAUGAAACACAAAAUGAAGAAAUAUCGAAAUUAAACAAUGAUCUUCGGGAAGCUGCUGAUUAUAUCGAAAAGAUCAAACAACAAUAUUUGAAACUCAAAAAAGAAAACCAAGCACUGAAAGAAGAAAUUUCUAAACUGAAAGCAGAAAAUGAUGAACAUAAUUCUACAAUUGAUCAAUUGAAUGACGAUAAGCGAGAUUUAGAAGAACAAUUGAAAGAAUUGAAUAUAACACUUGAUGAAGAAAAAUCGAAAUCAUUUUCUCUUAACGAGAAUGCAUCAGAAGAACUUAAGAACAAAGACGACAUCAAUGAUGGACUUAAAUCACAGUUGAAAUCACAAGUUCAACAAAACAAAGAAAUCGAAGCAGAAAAUCAUAACUUACGUUCACAAGUUGAUCAAUACAAAUCUUCAAAUGAUGAACUCGAGACACAAAUCUCUAAUUAUCAAGAAGAAAACAGUAAUCUUCAAGAUCUUUUAUCAUCAUCCGAAAACAAGAACAAAGACAUCAAUGAACAGAACAAACAACUGAAACAGAAACUUCAACAACUCGAGAAUUCACUUCGAGAAUCUGAAAACAAAUAUAAUAAUCUUGUUAAAAGCAAUUGUGACGAAAUCACAAAAUUGUCACAACAAUUACAAGAUGCAAUGCAAGAUAAUGCUAAAUACAGUUCAGAAAAAGAUAAUUUGAUUAAGAAACUCAAAGAAUUGAAUAACAAUCUUAAUGUACAAAAAUCACAAAACAAACAAAUAGAAAAUCAACGAUCAUUCUUAGAACGCGAAAACCAACGUCUUAAAUCACAAAUCUCAGAGCUUUCUAAGAACCAAAUUCCUUCUGUCGAUAUUGAAGAUUUGAAAUAUCAAAUGAGAACAUUAACAAUAGAAAACGAACACUUGAAGAAGAAUAAUGAUGAGAUUCGACAACGUAUGCGUCACCUUGAAUCAACGAAUGCACAGUUGAGUAUCCAGAACAAUCAGAACGAAUUGAAACUCUGCACACUUGAGCAACGAUGUGUUUGGUUGUCAGGUGCACAUGACAAACUUCGUAAAGAGAACUUCGACUUGUCAAGUACUAUUGACACAAUGAAUUCUAAGAGUCAGUACGAGACUAAACCAAAUGUUUAUAUUUCUGAAGGAAGCAAGAGCCAAGAAGAAUAUGAGAUUAAGAUCAGAGAACUUAUUUUGCAAAUUGAACGACUUCAUAAAGAACUUGAGGACAAGAACGAAAAUAAUAAUGAUGUUAUCAGAAUGAAACAGACAAAUCAACAAUUAUCUAAAGUUAAUCAGUCACUAGCAUUAGAGAAUUCACGUUUGCGCUUCUGGCUCGAAUGCGAGAAGAACAAAUCGCAUCGCUUGUCAGAUAGUUAUGUUGCCGUAAAGAACGAGAACCAACGAUUGUUUGAAUACAACAUGGAGAAAGACAGUUCAUUAACUCCUCCUAAUUCACCAUUGAAAUCUAAAUAA